AUGGCGACUGAGAGCUCUCAAAUCCUUCAACCCCAAACCGUCGAUUCGAGCCUCAGAGGUCCAAACCCUCCGGCAAGAACCGAGAUUGACACGUCGGCGCCGUUCGAGUCCGUGAAGGAGGCGGCGAGCCGCUUCGGCGGCAUGGGUUUCUGGAAGCCGGCCUCGCACAAGCCGUCCGAGCAGGCGUCCGAGUAUGAAGAUGAAAUAGUUGACGUCGUCAAAUUGGAGGAGGAGGCUGCACAACUAGAAAGAGAUCUCAUCGCUAAGGAAAGAGAAACUCUUGAUGUCCUUAAAGAACUUGAGAGCACCAAAAACACAGUCGAAGAACUUAAGCAAAAGCUGCAGAAAGAAACAUCCGAAAUCAAUGUGGCCCACGAAGCCUCCCAAGAAGAAAAGAAAGAAAACGAGACUGACGGUUUGAUUAACCUCUGCCCCUCAUCGGCCCCCGGUUUUAUCCUGCUCGAACUCAAGCAGGCGAAGCUGAACCUAACUCGGACCACCAGUGACCUUGCUGGAAUCCGAGCCACGAUCGGCUCGUACAACAAGAAAAUCGAGGAGGAGAGAGCCUCCCUCGAGAAAACCCGCCAGAGGCUCUCCUCAAACACCUCAAAAAUCUCUUCCUUGGAAAACGAGCUCAGCCAAACAAAGCACAAGCUGGACGAGGUGAAGCGAGCUGGCGGCGGGUCCCACACAAAUAUUUCCUCCUCAGAUGUCAAUCGACAGCUGCAGCAACUGAGCUCGGAGGCCGAACAGUUCAAGAAAGUCGGUCAAGCCGCGCAAUCGCGAGUUCAGAAGGCAAUAUCUGAGAUCGAGCAGACAAAGAACAAGAUCAAGACGGCCGAGAUACGGCUGAUUGCUGCCAAGAAGAUGAAAGAAGCCGCACGGGCCUCCGAGCGUGUGGCGUUAGCUGAAAUCAAAGCCCUGUCUAAAAGUGAAGAAAAAUCCGAAAAUGUAGUAACUCUGACUGUAGAGGAGUACUCGUCCCUAGUCUCGAAAGCUCGUGAAUCGGAGGAGAUAUCUAAGUGCCGAGUGGAGGCUGCGAUGGUGAAAAUCGACGAAGCAGAUUUGUCCAAGGUGGAAAUCCUGAGAAAAGUCGAGGAGGCAACAGAAGAAGUCAAAACGAGCAAGCUGGCCCUGGAAGAAGCAUUAUCCAGAGUGGAGAUAGCAAAUCGGGACAAGCUAGCAGUUGAGGAGGCUCUCCGAGCAUGGCGAUCGGACCAUGGCCGUAAGCGGCGUCCGGUCCAAAACCCGACUAAAUUCAAGACCUCUAGUGGGCUGGGCCGAGUGACUGUUGUUAAUGAUGGCCCACAGCCGGUUCUGAAGACUACGCUUUCGAUUGGGCAGAUUCUGAGCAGGAAGCUGAUGCUGACUGAAGAGUAUGAGAACGGGAAUGGCAAGGUGUCGCUUGGUCAAAUGCUCGGUCAACCCACCAGCGGUGACUUGGUGGCGUGCAAGAAAGGAGGGAAGGAGAAUAAAGAACAGCUGCCCGUGAAGAGAAAGAAGUUUGGGUUCGCUCGUAUAUCAUUGCUCGUGUCAAAGCAGAGCAAGAAGAAGAAAAGAAGUUUGAGUUCGAGCUCAAUCAGCCUUUGUCUUAAGAUAAGCAUGGAUACAAGGAUUCUCUUAUUUAUACUCAUAGUCAGCAGCUGGAAAUGCUGUAAAGCCCGAGACUUGAAAAGUGAUAUCGAUACAGUCAUGCAGUCUCAUGAAAAAGACGCGAGACUGUGUACAUUGUGUGAAGAGUUUGCUGGUCAAGCUCUUAAUUACCUCAACCAGAACAAAACCCAGACAGAGAUUCUUAAUAUACUUCACAAAUCCUGCUCCAAAUUACGUUCACUCGAGCCGCAGUGCAUUGUUCUGGUGGACUAUUAUGCCCCUCUGUUUUUCCUAGAGGUUUCAAAUGUACAAGCUGAUGAAUUUUGCCGAAAGGUUGAUCUAUGUGAGGAAGGAGUUUCUUUUUCUCAUCUUUUUUCGAAGGAUAAAUGUGAUAUCUGCCAUAAUGUUGUCACAGAGGCUCUACUGAAGUUGAAAGAUCCCGAUACAGAGUUGGAAAUCGUUCAACUGCUUCUAAAAGCAUGCGACUCGAUCGGGAAAUCGGUCAAAAAGUGCAAGAAAUUAGUUUUCGAGUACGCCCCAAUAAUUCUUGUUAAUGCCGAAGAGUUUCUGGAGAAAAACGACGUAUGUUCAAUUCUGCGUGCUUGCAACAUAUCCAUGCAUGCUGCCAUUUGA